CUUCCUUCUGCCCUAUCUGAAAUAAAUUCUCAGAACAUGACCAUAAGAAAACAAAACAAACCGCUCAAAUAGCAAUCAACAGGCCUUUACUGCCCAUCAAGUAUCGAAAUACCUUGUCGCAUUGUCUCGAAUACCUUCAUCAUCACACUGCGAUCAACAAUCCUUGACACUAUCAAGUUCUUUAAAGCGAUUUUGCGCACUCAAUACACGCGGUCAAUCAACAAUCAAUUUGAAGCUUGUCCGUCCCAACCGGCUAUCAACAAUACCCAGAAAAAAAAAUCAAAACCGCGACCUCAUCUGAUUGUAUUUGGGGAAGGAUUACAAAGAGAAGCUUCCCAUAACCUUUUGAUAGCUUCUUGUUUCUUUUCUGCAUAUUACCCUUUCUUCAACAAACCCAUAGCUUGUUCGUAGAGCCAGUGAUCGCGUGAAAUCAAUUCAUCAACGCGUACUUUGAAAUUCAGCUCCAGGGCGUAUAUUCAUCCCUUGUAAUCAUCGAAUUCGCGUCCUCAAGAAAAUUUGAACCUUUGUAUCGUUGAUAAUAUCCUUUAUUAUGGCUGACGUUAGGAAGUCGUCGCGAGCGACAAAAGGACAACACCCGAAAGCUCAUGAGCUUGAUCAACCUAUCGAAACGAAAAAGAAAGGAAAGAAAGGUGGAAAAAAGACAGCUAUUCAAGAAGAGGAAGUUGAGGUUAUACGUUGUGUUUGUGGAGUUACUUCGACCACGGAUGAUGAUGAAGCUGCUUGGAUCGCUUGCGACAUUUGCGCCGUCUGGCAACAUAAUGUUUGCGUAGGUGUAAGUCCAUAUGAGGAAGACACACCAGACAAAUACACUUGCGAGCAAUGUGCGCCAGAAGCCCACAAAGAACUCUUGGAUGGAAUUGCUAGAGGUGAACAACCUUGGAUCGCAAGGCAAGAGAAGCACGAAGAGGAAAAGGCAGAGCAAGAGAGACAAGAUGCUGAGGAGGCGGCAAGGAAGAAGGGCAAGAAAGGCAAGAAGAGAACAAGCGACCAGAAGCGCGAUGUAACUCCUGCGAAUGGAAAGAUACAGUCCCCCUCAGUUCCAGCCAAGAAGGAAACGCAGAAGGAUUCGCCCGCAAAGGUAUCCAGUCAAAAGCGCAAGACAAGAGAUGAAUCCCAAGAUAAAGAAGCUAUUAAAGAAUCUUCGACUAAAGUCCGCAAGACGUUGUCUCGUCCUACACCUAGAGCUUCUCCGCCAUCAGACUUACCUAGCAAAAUUUCUGAACUUGAAGCAGAGCAACAAGGCCAGGUCACUUUGAUUAAGAAGGGUUUACUUCAAGCCAUUCCACAUGCUAUUGAAGAGCGUUAUUAUACCUUACGACCCGACGAUACCAUUGAUGCAAAGGCCGAACGACUUGCCAUUCAAAUCGAAGCAGCUGUUCGUAGUACACACCCAAACAAGUCAGCCUCCAUCAAACAGAUCCGCUCGAUAUUUCUCAAUUUAAAACAAAAUCAAGAAUUAUGUAAUGGUUUGUUGUCGCAAUCAUUAUCACCUCAGGCCUUGGCGGUUAUGACAACAGAUGAUAUGGCAAGUAAAGAGUUGAAACGUGAAACAGCACUCAUGAAAGCAAGAGCCGAUAAGCAAUCUAUAAUGAUCACAGAUGAUGGUCCACGGAUUCGAAGAACUCACAAAGGUGAGGAAAUUAUCGAAGAAGACACCAAUCCUAAUGAAUAUCCUGAUAUUCCAAUGUCUGCAGCACAUCGACGAGAAAUGUUGGAUCCGAAUGCUGGUAUGGGUGAUAGGUCUAGGUCUCACUCACCCGAAAACGAGGUUGAAGUACCAGAAAUUCCUGAAGACUAUCCAUCACAUGAUAGAGUCCGCACUAUGUCUACCCCAAAAACACCUUUAAAUAUCGAUACCAAGCAACCUGCUUUGAGGAAGGGCUCAACGCAAAGUUCCGCAACAGGAAAUUUUGACAUCAACAAAGUCUUUUCGAGUGUUCAAUCGCCUCAUCCUUCCACCAAUAAACAACGUAAUGCCGAUCAUUACAGAAGGGCAUCGAACGCACCGCCUCUGAAUGGACCUGGAGAUGAUUCUGAUGUUGACAAAAUGCUUCAAGAUGAUAAUGAAUCCCCGCCGUACUCUCCAGUUGAAGACCCUUCAGAUCCAGACAUCGUUUGGAAAGGUACAAUGAGCAUGGAUUCGGUAGCAAAAUUUUCAGCAUAUGCUAAACAAGUUGCUGGUCCAGAUUUGAGUCGCAAUCGUAUGCAAACUCCAUGGUCUGAACUUCUUCAUAAAGAUUUAAAGGUUCAUGGUAGAAUCGAUGCAGACAAAGCCAAUGAAUAUUUAUGUGGUCUUCGAUAUAGUCCACCAUCUGAUGUAAUUGUCAUCAACAUAACACCAACGUCUGGAUCAUCGGAUUUUCUUGACUUGUAUAAUUACUUUCAUGACAAGAAACGUUAUGGAGUACUUACUAACAAGGGUCCGGGAAAUGUACGAGAUACAUAUUUAGUUCCAGUCCCUCCUGGACCCGGCAAUAUCCCAGACUUUGUUGUCAAUCUUGCAGAACACAAUCUACCAGAAGAUAGACCAGAGCCUUCAAUACUAGUAACCUUGGUUGUACGUAAUGGAUGGGAACAACCUUCACGGAUCCAAUCAUUUGAUGGUUCAACUGAUCCCCACAGCCCUCUUACUGCGGGUGGUAUUGCUCAACGCCAAAUGUCAAUCAGUCCUUCGGGUCCAGGUAUGUCUCCUAGUCCUGUUACUCCUCAAGGUUCUUUCCAGCCAUCUUUUGUUGGAAAACCUGAGGAAAGACAUCAACAACAGAACUUAGAAGAGCAAAGACGAAUUGCUCAAGCGGAAGGUGAAGCUAUUGCGUUGAGAAUACUAGGUGACUAUGCAAGGGCUCCGACAGUUGGUUUCUUAAUGCCACAGGCUUAUCAAAUGAGGGACUUGGAAUGGCAGGCUAUUAGAAGUAUUUUGGAAAGAGACGAGAAGGCGCAGAAUGACUUGAAACAUCUAAGUGAGGUUCUGGCAAGGACGGGUCCAGCGUGAUUAUAUUACGAUGAGGAGGACAUGGAAACUGAUGUACUGGAUCGAAAUUUGGUCAAUAGAAAGGAGGCAGUCAGGUCGUGGGGUGGAUGGGUUUAAUUGGCGUUCUUGGCGAAAUAAAAUGAGGAAUCAUGGGAGUUUUCCAUCGCCAUCUUCUUUUACAUGUAUAUUUUUCUUUGCAUUCAUUCUCUUUCUCUUUCAAUUCUUGGCUAAAAAGUACAACUACGUAUGGUAGAUUGGAAUGCAAUGAUGAGAUUUUUUUUUCAGAGCAUGCUAUAUACACUCACUUCGUUCGUAUUGUGGUUUGAUUCGGCGGAUAGUCGUGCAUGCAGAUGAUAUUGUCUUGAUGCCGAAUUGAUAUGGUUUAAUCUCGUUUCCCCUUUCUUUCUCUGUGUUCAUGCAUGGAUCGAGGAGAUGGAAUGAGAUUGUAUCGUUGGGGAUAACUAUUGAGCGCCCUCUUUCGAAUAAAUAAAAUUACCAUAUGUUGAACGUCUUAACUUUCAGUCGGAUGAGUUGACCUAUCAGC